ACACCUACACGCCCAAGGGAGAGGUUUGGCCAAAAAAUUCGUUCAUUAUUUGAGGUCCAAAUUCCAAUCUAAAUAAAUAAACAAAUUAUGAUAACUUUGUCGCGUGUCGGAUUAAUUAUGUUCGACCAAUUAAUUAGUAAAAUCGGAGGGAAUCGGUAUGAGAUAUAAAGCGAUCGAACACAUAUAUAAUCCCAUGUCGGUUCUGUGAAUGAUUCGAUUUUGCCUACACAGAGUAGAAGUAGUAGUAACCAUCAAGUUAAGCUCUUGAAGAAACCGCCGCCGCCUCCUCCUCCGCCGCCGCUGCCGAGGUUGCUGCGUUGGGUAAUCGCAUAGAAGAUCUAUCAACAAGGAGGGGGAGGGAGGGAUUAGAAGAAAAAAUCAAAAAAGAAGGGGAUUGUUAGGGUUUGGGAAUUGGGAUGGCAAUUGCGGCGCCAGGGCAACUGAAUGUCAGCGAAUCGCCGUCGUGGGGUUCCAGAAGCGUCGACUGUUUCGAGAAAUUGGAACAGAUUGGCGAAGGCACUUAUGGUCAAGUUUACAUGGCGAGAGAAAUUAAAACAGGAGAAAUUGUGGCUUUGAAGAAAAUACGGAUGGACAAUGAAAGAGAGGGGUUCCCUAUAACUGCCAUACGCGAAAUUAAGAUAUUGAAGAAGCUGCAUCAUGAAAAUGUGAUUAAGCUGAAAGAAAUUGUAACAUCUCCAGGUGCUGAGAAGGAUGAGCAAGGGAGGCCAGGCAAGUAUUUUGAUGGUAACAAAUAUAAAGGUGGCAUCUACAUGGUUUUCGAAUACAUGGACCAUGAUUUGACAGGUCUUGCUGACCGUCCUGGGAUGAGAUUUUCAGUGCCACAGAUUAAGUGCUACAUGAGACAGCUUUUGACAGGGCUUCACUAUUGUCAUGUAAACCAAGUACUUCACCGUGAUAUUAAGGGCUCCAAUCUUCUGAUAGACAAUGAGGGAAAUUUAAAGCUCGCAGAUUUUGGCCUUGCUCGGUCAUUCUCAAAUGAUCAUAAUGGAAAUCUCACGAAUCGUGUAAUUACUUUAUGGUAUAGACCUCCUGAGUUACUGCUUGGGACAACAAGAUAUGGUCCAGCUGUUGAUAUGUGGUCAGUUGGUUGUAUCUUCGCAGAGCUUCUACAUGGGAAACCAAUCUUUCCUGGGAAAGAUGAGCCCGAGCAAUUAAACAAGAUAUUUGAGUUAUGUGGAGCUCCUGAUGAGUCUAACUGGCCCGGGGUCUCUAAGAUUCCUUGGUACAACAAUUUCAAGCCAACAAGGCCAAUGAAAAGACGUCUCAGGGAGGUCUUCAGACACUUUGAUCGGCAUGCUUUGGAAUUACUUGAGAGAAUGCUGGCUCUUGAUCCAUCUCAGAGAAUAUCAGCCAAGGAUGCACUUGAUGCCGAGUAUUUUUGGACCGACCCAUUACCUUGUGAUCCUAAGAGUUUACCAAAAUACGAAUCCUCACAUGAGUUCCAAACUAAGAAAAAGCGACAGCAGCAGCGACAACAUGAAGAAACUGCAAAACGUCAAAAACUACAGCACCAACAGCAGCACACUCGACUUCCGCCAAUUCAGCAGACUGGUCAAGCACACGCCCAAAUGCGACCAGGACCGAACCAACCCAUGCACGGUUCUCAACCCCCAGUAGCUGCAGGACCUAGCCACCAUUAUGCGAAGCCACGUGGACCCUCUGGAGGACCGAGCCGAUAUCCCCAAGGCGGAAACCCCACUGCGAGUGGGGCCUACAAUCACUCGAACCGUGCUCAAGGCGGAGGAGGAGGAGGUGGAGGGUAUGGUAGUGGUGCAUAUCCACCUCAAGGACGCGGCCCACCAUAUGGUUCGAGUAACAUGCCUGGUGCGGGUCCCCGGGGAGGAGGGGCUAGUGGGUAUGGAGUUGGUGCUCCGAAUUACCCUCAAGGCGGUCCAUAUGGAGGUUCCGGUGCUGGCCGUGGCUCGAGUAUGAUCGGUGGGAACCGCAAUCAACAGUAUGGUUGGCAACAGUGACAUUAUAGCUUGUGCUAAGUGAGAUCUGUUGACAAGCUUGAUUGUGAGUGAUAACGGAAAACAAAAUGAAUAAUAGGAUGAUUUCAAUUUUUGUUUUCUAUGCCUCGUAUGCCCAUAGUUCUAUUAUUUAAGGUGGUUCUUGAUGAGAAGAUAAAUAAUUGAUUAUUGCUUGAAUUUUGUAUAAUUCAUAUUCUUUUUAUGUUGUGUUAAAGACAACUUUACAUGGUUUGUGUGGAUUGCAGCUUGGCCAUGUGAAUAUAAGUAGUGUUCUUAUUGCAAA